AUCGCUGCUUCGGGGGCACCGCCACCCGGGGGCGAAGAGGAGGAGCGGGACGGCGCCCCAGAGAAAGGCAAGAGUUCGGGCCCCAGUGCCAGGAAAGGCAAGGGGCAGAUCGAGAAGAGGAAGCUGCGGGAGAAGAGGCGCUCCACCGGAGUGGUCAACAUCCCCGCGGCAGAGUGCUUAGAUGAGUAUGAAGAUGAUGAAGCAGGGCAGAAAGAGCGGAAACGAGAAGAUGCAAUUACACAACAGAACACAAUGCAGAAUGAAGCCAUAAGCUUAUUAGAUCCAGGCAGUUCCUGUCUGCUACAGGAGCCAUCCAGAACAGUUUCAGGCAGAUGCAAAAGCACAACUGCUGCUUCUGAAGAAGAUGCUUCAGGUAGAUAUCUCCGAAUGGAUAGAAGUGGGUUCAGUAGAUAUAACAGGGAUGCAAAUGUUCCAGGUAAUUUGGUCUCAAGUAGCACAUUGGAAAAGAAAAUUGAAGAUCUUGAAAAGGAAGUAGUAAGAGAAAGGCAAGAAAACCUAAGACUUGUGAGACUGAUGCAAGAUAAAGAGGAAAUGAUUGGAAAACUCAAAGAAGAGAUUGACUUGUUAAAUAGAGACCUAGAUGAUAUAGAAGAUGAAAAUGAACAACUAAAGCAGGAAAAUAAAACUCUUUUGAAAGUUGUUGGGCAGCUGACAAGGUAGAAGAUUUCAAGGCUCAGUGUGGAAAAAACAUUUUAAAACUACUGAUUGAAUGUUAUGGUCGAUGCUAGGACAAUAUUCCUGUGCUGCAAUAUGUUAAAAUAACUUAGUAUGUGUAUUUAUUUCUGGAAAACGGAUGGAUGUUUAUUUUCAAUAUAUUUCUUUUUCUUUAUUAGUUUCAAAAAAGUAUCAACCUUUUAUUUCAUGAUUGACGUCUUUCAGUUAUUAAGAUGAUAGGUAAUGCCUCUUUUGGUUUUGUGUGGUAUUCAAAUAAUAUAUGGUUUAAAGUCACAACUGUUUGAGUAUAUUUUAUCUAUGGUAGUGCAUUUUCUCCCUAAAGAAAUAUACAUAGUCUUUGUUUACAUGAAUUCAAGUACUUUUGGGGAGUUACUUACAAAUGCCUUAUUACUGAUGUGUGUAACCUUAUAUGUGUUGAUGACUUACUUAUAAAGGCCUUUGUCUACUGUCAUUUGUUCUUUCCACUUAUUCUAAACAAUUUAGAAUAAUAGAGUCACACUAUUUUGUGUAACAGUAAUCUUUUAAAAGGAAAGCUAUUAUAAAAAGUCAAUAAUAUCAUGUUCUAGUUGGCUAAAUAUAAAUUUAAGAGAAUACUUGAAUUGUGCUAUAGUAAAUGAAAAUUUACUAUUUGGGGUUUGAUUAUUGAAAAAAUUUAAAAUGACUUAACUUCUAAAAACAUACAUUUUAAAAUGUAAAAUUUCUUAUUUAGGUACUACCUUUUUGAUUGUUUCAAGGUUUAUCAGUGAAUAUUAGAUAUUUAAAAAGUUGUUUGUCCUUCAGGCCUGGAAAAUGUGUACAAUUUCAGUAUAUAAGAAAAAAUUCAUAUUUUUAUUAUAUUAUGUGCAUUAAAAUCAAAACCAAAAUAUUUAUCCACACUUAAAACAUUUAUACCAUAUUAACAAAAUAGCACAUAAGCAGAAAUAGUACCAAAGUAUUUCAUCUAAUUUCUGAAUUGGAAAAUAACACUGUGAUACAGUUUUUCUCAUGAGAGAAUAUUCCCUUAUCUAAAAUGUAAGGGGUUUUCUAACAUUGAAAUUUUUAAAACAAUUAUUUUUGAAGUUAUACAAAUUUUUUCUUCAAUUAAAUAUCAUUAGUAUUUAGGUUUGUUUUAUAUUACAUUUUUAUGUUGAGUAAGAAAACCUCCCCUUUAAAAUAUAGUAACAUUAAGAAAUGUCUGCCUGAUAGCUGAAUCUCAAACAGUGGUACUGGUAUCCUUUUAUACAAUUAAUAUACAAAAGUGGCUCAAACAUAGUAAAAUCCACUUCGGAUGUCUUACCCUUUUUCUUUCACUUGCCAAGCCCCUUCAUUAUUCACUAUUAGAAAAAUAAGGAAAGUGAAAUAGUUGGGGAAAAUGUGGAGUAAAUGAUAAUAAGUAUUAGAUAUUGAAUUCUAAAAAUCUCUGCAUUUAGCUAGAUUGUCUUUCACCCAACCCCACUUUAGAAGUUUCGAGCUUGGCUGCUCAUCAGAAUCACUGGAGGAACUUGAAAAGAAUUCCCUGACUGUAGCUUCUAGAUAGGUUUAUGUUGAGACCCUGCACUUGAGCAUUUUAAAGCUCAUCAUGUGAUGAUUCUGAUCAUAACCUGGUUUGGAAAUAGCUGCUGUUGUGUGUUUACUCCUGUAUUCCAUUGAUGACCCUGGAAUUGACAUAAUUUUAGGUACCAGCGUUUUCCCCUUUUAUUUAAUAAUUAAACUGGUGUCCAGGGCAGUUUUCCUAUGUCCAUAUAGAUAUAUAUUCACUGCUCACAAAAAGUUCAAUGUUAGAUUACCAAAUCUGGUAUAUAGGUGCAGAAUUAGUUCAUAAGGGCUUCAUUCUUGGGACUUUUCCCCAGCAUGGCAGUAGUGAUCUGCCACCCACGUGUAAAGGUGUUAUUCCAGGCCUUGUCACCUCCUUUGGUUGUGAGGUACUCAUCUCUCUUUAGUUACCAUUAAGCAUGUGGCAGAAGUAAUCUUAUUGCCUAGUUCCUCAUCCACACUUUGGAUGUUGUGAAAAUGCUAUCAACAUUAACUUUAAAAUAUAUUAGUAUGUUGUUUUUUUGGUAAAAAAAUUACUUCCAAUUGUCUAAUUCAUAUGUAGAUAAAAGAACUUUUUAUUUUACUUUUUAAAAUUGUAUCAGUUAUUAAUGUUUUUAAAGCCUGAGCUGUUUCAAAAUUUUUCCUUUCUUCAGUUUAUUGGGAACAUUUCCAGCAAUGAUUUUUGCUUUUUUAGCAUAAUGAUAUCAAGUGCAAAUACAGGAACCUGACAAUUUAGGCAAAGCAUUUCACAUACAGUCCUUUUCCCACCUCCCUAAAAUGUGUAUUUAUUUCACAUACAGAUAUUUACACUAACUAUUGAAAAAUAAAGUAGGAUCUGCUACAGUUUCCCCUUAAAAUUUAUAAAAACUGUUGAGAUUUUAAAAAGGUAGUUCAAGUACAUGUGCACUACCCUAGAAAACUUGGCUAUUGUCAAUAAAAUGCUAGUAUUUGUGAAAUUAUUAGUCCUACUCAGAAAUAUUAUUUCUUAUAUCUCCUGGGAAUUUAUGGCAUAAUAAAGCACAUCCAAAGUUCUAA